UUUAAUACAUAUCCACCCUUCUGUUUCUCAUUCAUAAAAACGAAUAAUAAAUGAGUGCCUUAGCUCUUGCGUCCAUGGAACAACUCGUUAAACAGCCCAUCAACUCUAAAAUCACACUCCUCGUGGUCGACAAGUUGCGGGAGGCAAUUCGAUGUUCAAAUCAACGUUUAGAAGAUUCUUUCACACGGCGGCGGGCAUCACCGUUAUAUGAAGUUCUCAAAUCCAUCAAUGCGCCAUACGUGCCACCUCUGAGUGUCUUCAUAAAAGACUUGGUCCGUCGAUCCAAUGUCAGCACAGGAACAGUCAUAGUAUCAUUAGUAUAUAUUGACAGGCUCCAAAAGAAACUACCUGAAGCUACACAAGGUAUUCACUGUGCAUGUCAUCGUGUAUUCCUGGCUGCGUUAAUUCUGUCCGCAAAGACGUUGAACGACUCGUCCCCUAAAAAUCGACACUGGGCGCGAUACGCGAAUUGUUUCCCCUUGGCUGAAGUGAACCUGAUGGAGCGACAGUUAUUUCUAUUAUUGGAUUACGAUUUAUCGGUUUCCGAAAACGAUCUUCUUGAAGUGUGCAUGCCACUGAUUGACUUACCCAUACCAACGACGUCGGUCAUUCCCGAAUACGCUUUACCAAAGCCUGUCAAUUACGACGAAACCAAAUUUAUCGACUGUUAUCUUGGCGAAAGCAUGGAUGCAGCGAAUGACAGCGCUUACAGUUCAGAUUCGGAAAUAACUUCUAGUCACAGUUUACUUGCGGAUUUGGAGUUGAUCCCAACUAACAAAAACCAAUUAUCUCACGGCGAGGUAGCGGUCGAGCAAUGGGACGCAAUAUGGUGAAUCCAAAGCAAAUUAUUCCAU